AAUGUUUAGACCAUAAAAUAUCAGCGAUUAGGUUUACCAAAUUAAACCCGGGUUUAGCCCGCUAAUUCGCUGAAUGAUUACUUUCACGCGUAAACAUAUGAAUCGUCGCCGACAAAUUUCCCAAUUGUUGCCUGGCGCCUGGUUGACCGCCGCUGCAUGGCAAUUCCUCUCCAAUAUAAUAAACUGAAACUUCCCGCCGGCCGGAAUUGACUCCUCCUCCUCUUCCUUCUCCUCUUCCAUUCAUAAACCAAAAAACCAUCACAAUACCAGAAAAUUUCAUCACAACCCAGUUUCUUCCCCCCACCAACCUCUCUCACAAGUUUUCCCUCCCCAUCCAUCGCCGGCGCCAUGCAUACUCUGCUCGCCGGCGUCGCAAUCCUACUCCCCACCUUCCUCCUCCUCCGAUUCCUCGCCACCACAUCAAUCCGCCACAUCGUCAUCGAAUCCUGCCGCGCAAUCGCCGACCGUCUCCACCUCCACCAAGCCUACACCGUCCCCCAAUUCGACCCAACAACCCUCCUCCCAAAUCCGCUCUACUCCAAAGUCGCCGCCUACCUCUCCUCCCUCCAACACUCCGAUUCCUCCGCCGCCACCAACCUCCUCUCCGGCUCCAACCCUUCCCACGACAUCAUCCUCUCCCCGGACCCCAACCGCCACGUCAUCGCCGACAGAUUCCUCUCCGCCCCGCUCUCCUGGUCCAACCACCCUGCUUCUUCCCCUGCCUCCGGCUGCAAAUUCGUCCUCUGCCUCCGCAAGAAGGACAAGCGGCGGAUCCUCCGCCCCUACCUCCAGCACAUCCUCUCCGUCUCCGAGGACGUCGGCAGGGAGAUCAAAUCAUUCACCAACCACUUCGUCCCCUCCGCCGCGGCCGAAUCCCCGUGGAGGGUGGUUCCGUUCGCGCACCCUGCCACGAUGGAGACGGUGGUGAUGGACGCGGAUCUGAAGGGGAAAGUAAAAUCCGACCUCGAAUUGUUUUUGAAAUCGAAGCAGUACUACCACCGCCUCGGCCGCGCCUGGAAAAGGAGCUACCUCCUCCACGGCCCACCGGGGACGGGGAAAUCGAGCUUCGUCGCCGCCAUGGCGAGGUUCCUCUGUUUUGACGUUUACGAAAUCGAUUUUUCGAAAUUGGCGGGCGAUUCGGAUCUGCUCGCGCUCCUCUCGCAGACGACGCCCCGGUCGGUGGUCGUGAUCGAGGAUCUCGAUCGGCUUCUGGCGAAUUCAUCGGGGAAUUUGAGUUUGAGCGGAUUGUUGAAGUUUAUGGACGGGAUUGGGUGUGAGGAGAGGGUGAUGGUUUACACGAUGACUUCCAAGGACGGAAUCGACCCGGCGGUGCUGCGGCCGGGGAGAAUCGACGUUCAGAUCCAUUUUCCCCUUUGUGAUUUCCCGGCGUUCAAGACCCUGGCCGGAAAUUACUUGGGGGUGAAGGAACACAAGCUGUUCCCGCAGGUGGAGGAGGUGUUUUUGUCGGGGGCUAGCUUGAGCCCUGCGGAGAUCGGAGAAAUCAUGAUCGCGAACAGGGGGUCGCCGAGCCGGGCGCUGAAAUCGGUGAUCACGGCUCUCCAGGCCGCCGACGCCGCCGCGAGCGACGCUCGGGCGGUUCGGUUGAUGAGGGAGAGCAGAGCGUCGGCUCUGCCGCCGACGGCGGCAGCAGCAGCAGGGGAUGACGGAGGAGGAGUGUUUUGCAGGGAGAGCGUCCACACGGUGAGGGAGUUCAGGAAAUUGUACGGGCUGUUGAGGAUCGGUAGCCGGCGGAAGGAGGAGAGCUCUGUUCCUUCGUCGGAACUGGGCGGCGGCUCCGGCCCGCUGGAGAAGGAAGGGAGAAUCGAUGGAGGUGGCGCGAAAUCUUAGUAUAUUCGUGAUUUUGCAUAAAAUCGUGCAAAACCAAGGAUUAUAGGUUACAUUAAAUUGAAAAAAUUCAUUUACAUGUGUAGAGAAGCAAUAAUCUCAUUCAAAAAGGAUUAUUGUUAGGCAUAUAUGUUUAAUCAUAUUUGUAGAUUAUUAUUUGAUAUAAAAAACCGAAAUUCAAUUUACACAUUGAAUUAGAGAUGUAAUAUAAGUUUAUGAUGGUUAAUGAUUUCAUUUAGAGUGCAUAUAGAGUUGAUCUAAGAACAAAUUGGACCCAAUCGAUGUUGAAAUGUUCAUUUGAUAGGAAGUAUCUCUUAUCAUUGUUAUAUUGAUUUUGUAUUUUAUAUGUUUAGUGAUGCGCGCACAAUUUUAUUAAGUAAAUUAUCGGUUGUAUU